AUGUAUGAAUGCGAAUCGGAGGCAAGACUUGUUCGGAAGAAAUUCGCUUUAUCUUGGAAAUUGGAAAGAAAAAAGCAACGUAUAAAUACUCCAGUUGUUCACAAGCUAGGCAGUCAUUUCAUACACUACUUCGAAAACAAUAAAACUUUGAAAAAAAAGAAAAGAUGGCUGAAGAGGCACCACAAAAUGAUGGGACAUGCGAUUGUUGCGAAUCUGGAGGAUGGUGGUCAUGGCAGCCAGGAAACACGGAAUGUGGCGGAUGUGGACAUUCUUGUAGUUCCCAUAGUUGAACAUGAUGAUUCUAUAAUCCACUAUAACACUACAUCCUUUCCUUUUGAUUAA